AUGGCUAUUGCUCAAGCAAAUCUUUCCUCUUCGCGUCUUCAGCAGCGUCAGCGUAAAGCUGCUCCUCCAGCUCUAUCACUUGGAGCUCUGCAAGUUCGAGCACCCCACCGACGAGUAUAUCAUUAUCAAAAAGUCGAGUUUGUCUCGGCAUCAAAUAUGUCAAGAGAUGAUCCGCCAUCUCCUCCUCCAAACCCACCUCCAAGUCCGUCGAUGCUUAUUGAGCUAGAUGAUGAUGAUUUCAAGAUUUGA